ACUGUCUGUAUCAGAAGCUCCAGGGCAGGAUGUCGCGGAUCAAAUUAGUUUGUAUCCUUAUCGCUGGUGUGUACACCAAGCUAACUGACGGGGUAAUCCCACCAGACCCCGGAUGUGGAAGCACUAAGGUGUGUUGGCCCACGGAAUGUCCCGUUGGCGGAUGUGUUGAAUUCCUGGUUAGUUGGUGGAACACCGAUUUGGAUUAUCUGCGCUUCGAGGUGAAGGUUGAGUUUGUCCCUCAAGGCGAGCACUAUAUAGCAUUAGGUUUCUCCGGAGACAACUUGAUGGCGGACAGCAGUAUUGUCAUGUGUCGAAGUGAUGCAAAUGUCCAGCUAGGCUAUACCUCGGGUCGUACAUACGUCCCAGGAACGGACUUGUAUGGCAUACAGAACACAUCAUUUGUCAUUGAGAAUAACAUCACGACAUGCUCCUUUGAUCGAAUCAAGAACCCAGAACGGAAUGCAGCUCAACUGAAGUCUCUAAGCAACCCGUUCUUCCUCCUUCGGGCUUGGGGACUAGUCACAAAUGGAGUACCUGUCUACCACACCGAUACCAGACGAGGAGUCUCCCCGAAUUCGUAUUCGUAUCCCACCCCAAUGUCCACAGGACACACUGUACUUCCAUUAACUGCAUCUCUCGGCGCAUGCCUCAUGGUUGCCAGACUAUUCUACAUGUUACCAUAGGAAUGACUUUGAAAAUCUACCAAUACAACUGUAUACGGAUUAUUAACCAUUCCAUUUAUUAAAUUAUUCCUAGCUAAAAUAAGAAAACGUUUAUUUGUAUGUCACACUACAAUAGGUCUAUUUAUCAAAGUCUUUCUCGGGACUAUUUUGUAGUGUUAAUUUCUCACCGGAUUUGUAUAUACUGAUAAUACUUCAUGUAAAGGGAAAACGUUGUUAAUCAAAACACAGCGUACAUAGCAAUAUGUAUUGCUUUUAGUUAAAUAUGUAGAUAUUAUCGCUAUGGUUACAGUAAAGCAUAUUAAUAGUCACAAACAUAUGUUGGUUAUGGUAAAUUAUCAAAACAAUCAGUAUCACUGAUAUGAGGCAUCUUGAGAAAUGAAAUGUUGACGGAAAAGCAUCCUAAUACAAUCCAUGGAUUAAAAUAAAAUGACAUCAAUAUAGAAGUACUAUAAAUCAUAUUCAAUUAAUGCAUAUAUAUAUGGUGAUAUAUUUGAAAAAAUAGAUUUUUUUCAUUUUGUUUUCCUUUCAUAAUAAAGGGUGUCUUAGUUUAUAG